AUGGAGGAUAAGCGGCUUGAGUUCAAUACUGACUUGCCGUCGAUAAACAGUACGACAAGCAUUUCUGAUAAUUUGGCUCUGCGCAACUAUUACGAUAAACUAUUGUUUAAAAAUAGCAGUGGCAAGUCUCUGACGGAUCUGCCGCGUCAGGCCAUGCCUCGAGCCCCCGGAAAUGUGGAAGAACGCAAUGUGGAUUUUAUCAGCGGAUUUGGUUUCGGACACAGAGCCCUUCCCUCGGGCAAUGUCCCAAGCUCGCAGUCAACGUUGAGGGCAGUCCAAAUGACACCUUCAAGUUCCGAGCCUUUGCGUUUUGCGCAAGGAUUUCAGGUAGGAGAGGACCGCUCGACACAGGGCCUGCCUUCGGGCAUGUCCUUGCAGCUCGGGAACUCUCACCAUGUCGCAGCUAGUCACCAACAAUUGCCACCACAAGUGCCACCCUCUAUGGGCCCCUUGGGUCCAACAGUAUCCAUAGCUCCUGCUACUUCAGUGGCCCCAGUCACAGCCACCGUAGGCGCGGCGAACUCUCGCAACAACAGCGUAGGGUCGUCAGGAUCUUCAGGCUCCACUAUGUUGGCGUCCCCUACCAGCUAUUACGCGGCGCUCACGCAACAAUCACUCAGCCCGGGUCAUGCAGGUGGUGCGCUUUCACCGGUAAACAGUGCUGGGACCUUCACCUAUCUGCAGUUUGAUCCGCAGCAGCAACUUUUGCAACAACAACAACAGCAGCAGCAACAGCAACAAUUUCAAGCAGACAGGAGAUCCUCGUACAUAUCUGACACUCUCAUCCACAACUCGAUGAAUCCGGAAGCACAGAAUAUGCUGCCGUCGCAUUUCGAGCAGUUGUACUCGUCUGCAAGUGUACCUAAAAAUCGAUACGCACAAGCUCCUACUAAACGUUUAUCAGUUCCCAAGAUUAACUACAAAUCGCCUCAUGGAUCACAGCAUGCUUCCAUCUCUCAGGCUGGAGCACACCAAUUAGAUAAUGGUUUGGAACUUAUCAAUGGCCAACAAGUCGUAGCAUCAUCCGAGUUGAAAUCGCUUUACCACGAUUGUGGCAAAAACUAUUUUUCAAGCGAUGAGGCUUGCAGCUUUUUAGACCGUUUGAAGCAUCUACUCUCAGGAUCUGACUCUAGUCUCUUGAGUGCUAAUGUGGUGAAAUUUCUUAUGUUUUUGAAGAGCUCCAAUUUGAAUUACAAUCCUCAAUCGGACGCUUUUGUGUCGGGGAAUGAGACAAGGAGGAAUAGCAGUACGAGCGCAUACCUGCAUUACAAACCUCUGGUCCUGGUCGCUCUGAAGAACGGGAAAUUGGAAUUGCUGUCCAUCCCACAAUCUACAAAUUUGGCCAUGGAACGCAAGGAUUUGGUUGUCAUAGAUGGAGAUCGCGGCAAAGACUUAGCGUUAAUUGUCGAACCUCGAGUCGAACUGGAGUUGGCACUGUUCAUCAAUUUUUUGAAGAAAAAGAUACAUUUUGAUUCCCUCAUCACCAAUAGAAGCCAGCACUUCCCCAAUAACGAUUUUGUAAGGGCCCUUAUGGAUUCAAUCCAGGGCCAAUCAGAUAAGCUGAAUUCAAAGCUAUACGAUGUUAUUGAGCUAACACAACUCAUAAUCCCAUCUAAGCAAGUGUUGAGGUUCGCCACUUCAUGGGAGGUCACCACCAAUUUGCACAACAAAUUUCAAGAUGAAUUGAAGGCUCUGCAUAUUGCUCAAUUGAAAUUGAAAUCCUUGAACAGCGGACUGUCCCAUCAUCAAAGCCAACAGCCCCGUUCAAAUUUGAACAUCAAAAUACUGAACGCCGAGUUCCAAUUUGACCGCAAGAAGUUGACUUUCUACUACGUUUGUCAGGAGAGGAAUGAUUUCCGCGAGUUGAUCAAAGAGUUGUUCAAGUUUUACAAGACCAGAAUUUGGCUAUGUGCCAUUCCCAACAAUCUGGAAAUUGAAUCCAAGUACUAUGACAGGCAAUUGAAAGAAGUCAAGAUGUAUCAAGCCAUGAUGCAGCAUUACUCGGGGGAAGACCUUCUUGACAAUGGGUCAGGAUCCGCGUCCGGAUUUGUAGUAGCUCCAGCCCUGAACGCGAUUUCUUUGGACAACUUCCAAAUCGGAGUAUACAAAGAACUCGUGGACGAAUUAUUUGCUGCCAGAUAG